AUGGAGUUCAUGACCAAUCUGCAAAGCGGGCUCGACGAGCAAAAGCCAUCGCUCUUCGAACUGCUCUCGGAACAACAGCUGGGCGCUCUCAUCCCACCAUCUCUACGCUACCUCCUCGCCAUCGCAACCCACCGCUACCCUCGCUACCUCCUCCGCAUCCUAAACUCCUUCGACGAACUCUACGCCUUUCUUUCCCUACUGGUAGAACGCCACUACCUUCGCACCUAUGGCGGCGGCUUCACAGAAAACUUCUACGGUCUGAAACGAGAAAGAGUACUCCUCACCAAAGGCCAUGAGAUCCCUAGAGCUGCUCUGGGAGCUCCCGAACAGGUCCGCGAGACGUUAAAGCUAAGGAAUCAAGAUGUGUGGAAGAAUUUGGCUGUUAUGGUCAUGUUGCCAUACACAAAGAGGAAGUUGGAUGAGCAUUAUGAUAUUCAUGCUGCUUCGGCAAACAUCCUAGGCCCGGCUUUCAGAGGAGAUGCUUUGCCUGAGAAUGCGACGUAUAGACAACGCAUCUUCCACUACUACAAGUGGUUCUUGAGCAAAGUAUACCCAAGCGUGAAUGCUGCGUAUUACUUUGCUUUGCUGGCAUUCAACCUGGCUUACCUCUUCGACACUUCCAAAUACCAUAAUCCCUUCUUCUGGCUUAUUGGAACGAGGAUACGACGCAUGAAUCAAGCAGAUUAUCAAGCCAUUGCCGCAGCUGCUGCUCCUGCUGCUCCUACACCUGGCGCUAAACCAUCGACUUCGCAAUCUCUGUUCAGCCCUAGGACCUUGACGCACACGGUCUACCCACGCUUACUUUCCAGUCUAAAAAUCCUCCUCCCAACCUCAAUCUUCGCACUGAAGUUCCUGGAAUGGUGGCACGCCUCAGAUUUCGCGAGACAAUUGUCUCGAAAAGCAGCUGAAGGACUUGAGCUUCCUGCUCCCACCAUCUCAGGAAUACCAAAGACACCUGCUGCAACUCCGACUACACCUUCCAAGUCUGGUGUGACGUUCGCAACUACUGAUGACGAAAAGUCCUCGGACAAAGAGAAGGAAGAAAAGGACGAUAAAGACAAGAUCAAACCGCCGAUCUCUGCAACAACAAACCUACCUAUUUUCACCGUUCCUCCUGCCACAGGCUCCGCUUGUCCAAUUUGUCUCUCGCCUAUUCAAACACCCACGGCAUCACAGACUGGCUAUGUAUUCUGCUACACAUGUAUUUUCCGCUGGUUGGAAGGCGAGCAUCCACGCCAGGUAGCAUUUAUGCAAGGAGGCAACACAGAAGAAAACUGGAAAGAUGAGUCAGGAGGAAAUAGAGAAGGAAGUUGGGAGGAUGGAAGGGGAAGGUGUGCAGUCAGUGGAAGGAGAUUGUUGGGAGGUAGUGGUGGGUUGAGACGAGUCAUGGUUUGA